GGCGCGCACGUGACCAGGAGGCAGCGGUCGUGCCACUUGAAGAAGCCCCUCGUGGGAGUGGGCCUUGCCUGCCACUCCUCCACUUCCACUUCCACUUCCAGUUCCAGCUCCAGUGGCCUCCGCGUCGACGCCACCGGAGCCCCAAUGGCCGCCUCCGCCCCAGUGGCCGACCUCAGGUCGGAGUACCUCCAGGUCCUGCACAGCCGCCGCCGCGACCUGCAAGUGCCUCUGUCCGUGGAGCAAGGGAGCCCGGUGAAGGAGCCGCUGUACCAGGGCGACGGGAAGCCUCUGUUCCCCAGCGAGGCAAUGGAGUCGUGCCCGAGGAAGAAGGUGGAGAACUUCACGGAGAAGCUGGUCGAGGAGAAUUUCUACCUCAUCACCGAGUCAGGUGAGCAGGGACGUGUGCCUGUACUUCUGCUGAGACUUAAUGACACUGCUCCUAAACGAAAGCCAGUUGUUGUACUACUGCACAGCUCUUACAAAUGCAAGGAAUGGUUGCGUCCACUGCUCGAGGCAUAUGCCUCCAGGGGUUAUAUUUCUGUCGCCAUCGAUUCGCGUUAUCAUGGUGAAAGGGCCAGCAACAAGACUACUUACUUAGAUGCACUGAGAUCAUCUUGGAAGAAUGGGGAUACAAUGCCGUUUAUUUUUGACACGGUGUGGGACUUAAUAAAGCUUGGAGAUCAUCUCAGUGCAAGGGAGGAUGUUGAUCCCUCUAGGAUUGGGAUCACUGGUGAAUCACUUGGAGGAAUGCAUGCAUGGUUUUCUGCUUUUGUGGAUACCCGGUACAGUGUUGUUGUUCCAAUAAUUGGUGUUCAGGCAUUUCGAUGGGCAAUAGAUAAUGACAUGUGGCAAGCUAGAGCUAAUAGCAUUAAGCCUUUAUUUGAAGAAGCAAGAGCUGAUUUAGGGAAGAGCGAAAUAGAUUCAGAGGUUGUGGAAAAGGUUUGGGACAAGAUAGCACCUGGUAUGGCUUCACAGUUUGAUGCUCUCUACUCGGUUCCUCUGAUAGCACCACGUCCGCUGCUCCUCCUGAAUGGUGCUGAAGACCCUCGCUGCCCAGUCCUUGGUUUACAAGAAGCUGUUUCCAGAGCUGCUAAUGCUUAUGAAGAAGUUGGCUCUGCAGAAAAGUUCAUGUUCAUCGCGGAGCCGGGAGUUGGCCACAGAAUGACUGUAAACAUGGUGAAGGAAGCAAGCGAUUGGUUUGAUCGCUUCCUGUAGAGAGGGUUCUUGAUGAAUAAUAUGUCAACCAAGUGUCAGCUACCAUUGUACGAUACUAGUGCUUCAUUAAGUGCAUAUCCUCAAUAAAGUUAUGCCACCUUUGAUUUCAUUUUUCUGCUGAAUAGAUUGGAAUUGAUUUGCAUAGUUUCAUCGUUGCCUACUUUGUAUACCACUAGUCGAAUGUAACAUAGAAAUGCACACAAAUAUUGUUCUCCAUCUGGAUUCUGGAAGGACACAAUGUGAGGAAUUCUGUGUUGGU